CCCCUCAUCUACAACGUAGUUUGUUGACGCAUUUAUCCAGCCUUGUACAACACCGGCUAGCCACUGUCAGCCACAUUUCUCCUCCUGAGACUGAGACAACACUUACCAAAAACAAUGAACAGCCUAAUCAGACUCAGUGCCAGGUGUCUACGGUCCGGGGCUCAGGUCUGUCUGCCCAGACAGGGUAACGGACUUGUUUGGUCCGGCUCGGCCCGGUUCCUCAGCGCUUCGGCGGACCUCCAGAAAGACCUUGGUGAGAUGGUGAAGAAGGACAAAGUGGUGGUGUUUAUGAAGGGGACACCGGCUCAGCCCAUGUGUGGCUUCAGUAAUGCAGUAGUCCAGAUCCUCCGGAUGCAUGGGGUAGACGACUAUGCUGCCUACAACGUGUUGGAGGACCAGGACCUCAGACAAGGAGUCAAGGACUUCUCCAACUGGCCCACGAUCCCCCAGGUGUACUUCAACGGAGAGUUUGUGGGAGGCUGUGACAUCCUGCUCCAGAUGCACCAGAACGGAGAUCUGGUGGAGGAGUUAAAGAAGCUGGGGAUCUCCUCAGCACUGCUCGACGCCGAGAAGGAAUCCAAGUAGAGGAAGAGGAUAAACUCUGAACCACUGACGAGACAGAGGACACAUUUAUCAGGUUAAAUCCUCCUCUCAGAUGAUCACAAAUAAAUCAACUCUCCAGGCAGACAUGGACAAAACAGACUCACCCUCUGGCAAAUUCGGCACAGUAAGAGUGCAGAGGAAAGUAUCGAGGGGGCAACACUGUAUUAUGAGUCAUCAACAUCCAUGCAUCAUCAUGUUUGUAACAUUAAAACACCCUGGACUGCUUACAAAGCUUUAGCUUCACUGCUCUUAGUCAUUCAGGCCCCAAAAUGUGCAGAAUCAAACCAGCAAGGACUUGAAUCUAGGAGGAAAAAGAUGUCAGAGUCCUCACAGAGAUACAGUAUCUUCACUGUUAACAUUUUAAGCUAUUUGGAGGCAACAGUAUAAAUCACAAACACUGACACAUACCUUUAAAAGCUAUAAAAGUGGGCAAUGCCUUACAACACUAGCUUCUGUUCACUAGUGAAUUUCACAGGUUUUAGGAUCCACUUUGUUAGGUUAUUUGCCAACCUUGCCAUCUUACAUUUGGUGCUCUGCAGGUCGUCUACACUGAUUUAUCAUCCCUGUCUUACUUGCAUCUUCCUGCUGCCACUAAAAAUGAAGAAAGGCUACAAACCAGCUUGGUUUCUUUCACAUUAUACGGUCAUUUUGAUUACUUAAAGACAUGACGUAUUGAUUAUUGUAAUUGUGACUAAAUCCAUGGAGGACUCCUUAAUCUUUGCCUCCCUUUUCCGACUAUUGAAAGCGUUCAUAUCACUUUUCAUGACUGAUCUCAGUCCUGCAAUCAUUUGAUGAAGUUUAAAAUCAAUACCAGCAAGCUCUGUCUUAGGAUAAAAGUGUUGAGUCUACCACUAUAACAUCACUUCGACUGCCAGUGGGAGACUUCCAGGGUUUUCAAUUAGUUUACAAAAGAGUGCUUGCAGCAUCUUUGCCUCCAGAAGCCCUUGUGCAUUUCCUGUUGGAUUUUUUUCUCCUUGUUGUGAUCUUUAAAGACCAGAUGAGCCUCAGGGUGUGAAUAAUGUGUCACCAUAUAGAAACCUUCUAAAUGCACUGCCUGUGACUUCAGUAAACAAAAUGAAAGAACAAAGAGGGGACAGUACUAAGGGAGGAAUAAAGCUGGGUUCUAGAUCAGCGGUUCUCAACUAGUGGGUCGGGAAUGAGUGUCUGGAAAAAAUGGUCUAAGAAGUACUCCAGUCCUUUGUAGACAUGCAUCCAUUUUAUUUUACUCUUUUUUAUCACAAUAAUGGGUAAAUUUAAAUGUUUUCUCAAUAUUUCAACUCAUUUUCUCCUUAUUUGCCAUUAAAACUGCUUUUCCCGUGAUAAGGUCAUUUUUAAAAUCUCUGGAAAUUGGCAAAAAAAGUUUGUGUAAUCACAGGGAAAUUGGUGUAAAACAUGUUUCUGCCUCCUUUCAGUCAUAGAUUUUGUUCCGUCCCAAAAUCAAACUGCAUCAUUAUUCAUUAAACAAACAUGCAUUUAUUUUUGGGGGGUAUUAUUUCGGGUUGUGAUUUGUCAGUGAGGAAGCUGCUGUGUCCUGAUGCUAGACCGGUUGAGAACCACUGUUCUAGAUAAUACAGAUAAAAGAUUUUUGAAUAUUACUUCUUUCACUUGAUUUUUUUUUUUUUUUUUUCUUUUUUUUUUUGCAGCUGAGAUACCAAAAAACACGGACCACAUCUCGCUGAUCUCAUCACACAUGCACCUCAGUAUAAAUGUGAUGAUAUCAACACUAGGGUCCCCUCUUUGUUCUUCCUGUCUUGAGUAGGGAUGGAGAUCGAAACUCACUUCCACCAGGGCCUGUUUUUUUUCUUUUUUUUUUUUUUUUUUUUUAGUUUUCAAAGGCUGAAAAUCAUUGAGCUUAUUGAUACUGCUGCUGAGCGUUUGGGUCCUGUAGCAUGACGUUAUAUCUCCAGAUCGCCUUGUUUAAAUCAAAUUACUGGUUUCAUGUGAUUGAGUUAUUUAAUAUAAGUGAAUUGCAAGGCAGUAAGCCUGCCUGGUGAAUCAAAUUAAAGCAAAAGCGUAAAGCAGUGGUUCUCAGCAUGGUGGUUGGGACUCCCUUGGGGGUUGCAAGCAUAGAGGUCUCAAGACACGAGGAGGAGGUUGCCAGAUACUUCCCAAAAAACGAAGAAUGUUUUAAAACUCUUUCAAACUGUCUUUUUGACCAAUUUCUGUAAAAAUAAACAGGCAUAAAAUUGAUUAAAUGUAAAAUAAAGACAUGGUCACUUGGUUAGAUUUAUGCUGAAAUCAAAGCAAUGUUUUAAAAAAUCCUUAAAAUUUAAGUCUGUGCAUGGUCGUUUUCAACUGCAUUAACCACCGUCAGAGACAGUGGAGGUCCCCAGGCAUUGACACUUUUUUGGGGGGGGGUUUUGUGGGCUGAAAGGUUUGAGAACUCAUCUGCUGCUGCUUUACGUCAGUCAUCCUCCUCCACUCAUAGUUGUCGUGGCUAACGGGCAAUUUAGCAUCGCCAGUCCACCUAACAAUCUUGUCCUCUUACUGUAGAAGGAAGCCAGACUAACCAGAGAGACCACGCAUGCACAAGGAGAACACACAAACAAGCCACUAUAAAAAAUCCUGUUCGUUCAAAAACAGCAAUCUAAUGUUGAUGGCCAUGUUGAAACUGUCCGGAUAAAUGCAAGUUAGUUGCGUAAUUGGGGCGACAUAAUGUUACUUGGGGAGUAUCGAAAUCUAGUACAAACAUGGCACCAGUACAGCACAUCUGACACUUACGGUACCUAAAAAAAAAUCACAGAUUUUGGUGUUUCAUUUUGGUACCCUUCCAACCUGACAUGAUCCUCCACUACUUCAAAUGAAGUUGCAUCUUUACUUUUCUGUUCUCUUAAUAGACAAUGACACAUUUAGCUAUUUAGCAUCAGGAUCAGGAAAAACCAAAUGAUACCCAACCCUAGUGUAAAGUAGUUAAUGAGACUGACAACCAACACUUGUAACCAAUAUGCAUUUAAAAUGAAAUUAUCUGUAGUAAUUUCAAUGUUAUGUUUACAGAAUGGAAGUCUGAUUUAAAAAACAAGCCACUUCAUUGAUAAAAGAAUGAGUAUGGUGAUUACUUAUAUGUCGUAUAAGCUAAUCAGAUGGAGUUGCUGGUGGUAGAUUAGGGAUACAGUGAAGUAUGAAAACAGAGCCAGAGGGGAAGAUAGAACUUGCAGAUGAACCAAAGGGGUGCACUUUUUCAUUCAUUCAUUUUUAUGGCAGUUUGUUAAAUAUCUGCCCUGAUAAUCAGCCAGACUGAUAAUUGGUCUAAUCCCUCUAAUUUAAAUGCAACUUCCAGGAAAGAACAGCUUUGAUGGGAAACUUCAAGUCAUUGGGUGGUAAAUUAGUUCAUGAAAUGGAUGAAACAGUUCUGUUAAAAGGAAUUAAAUAGCAUAGAUCAGUGGUACACAAUGUUGCUCUACCAAAGAGCCAAAUUGUUUAAAAAUACUUUUGCAAGAGCCAUGACCCAAACCUGGGUGGGGUGUAUAUUCAAUUAAAUUUGAUGAUUAAAGUCUACUGGGUAAGUGUGGGAAACAAAGUAAUUGAUUUGACUCAGUAUGAAUCACUUCUUAUGUCAUGAUUUGCUUUUCCAAGGUUUUCUUUUGGAUUAUUUCCCAUGUUAGACUUAAAAGAGCCACAGGUCUUCACAAAAGAGCCACAUGUGGCUGAAGAGCCAUGCGUUGAGUAUCACUGGCCUUGAUAAAAAGCCUCAGAAUCAGACAGCCUAGUGGUUAGGACGCAUCCCACUUUCUCAUCCCUCUUUCCAAUUCUGUCCACUUUCCUCCUUUAUCAAGAGCAGUAUCAAUAAGGGCUCAGAUUGUUAGGGAGUAUCUAUAAGGUUCUCUGUAUCAGUGAAAUGCAAUGAUCUCCAUCCCUAGUCCUAGUUUGUACCACAUACAAAAUGUGUCCUCAUGUUUUUGUCUACACCCGCCUAAACGCAACAAACUUUUGCCUUUUACCUUCCUCUCUUGAAGAUGACUGAUUGGACAAACGGAGACAAGCAGUUCUAUGUAAAGUUUGUUGCGUCAGUCUAAUUCUAUGGUAUUUAUUAGUCACACAAAGAAUUAAAAAUGUUUGUAUGGGGUGGGGGAUGUUUUCUGCUUUUGAGUCGUCUCAAUGAGCAUAAAAAAAACCUUGACAUUUAUAAAUCCUAGAUUUUUCUCCUGCUGCACACAGUUGUAUUAUCAUAGCAAUGGUCCUGUAGUACACUGUAAAAUAUUGUACAUUGAAGGCAUAUUAUGAAAUGUAUUUUAGCUGCAUGUAAACCCUGCACCGAUUAAAUAUUUUGUGACACAA